CUUCCCGGAGAUCGUUGUUUAUCAUACGAACAAUUUCCUCUUGAUUUGUUUGUCAAUUUGAGUCCAACUAUUGACUCUACUCAGAUCUGCUCAUUUUGAAAUUAAGGUGGUUAUAGUAGUAUAUUUGAUUGAUCAGAGAAGAUGAAUUCCUUGUCACACGUUCCUCCAGGUUUUCGAUUUCACCCAACAGAUGAAGAACUUGUUGAUUAUUACCUUAGAAAGAAAAUCACCUCUAGAAGGAUUGACCUCGAUGUUAUUAAAGACAUCGAUCUCUACAAAAUUGAGCCAUGGGAUCUUCAAGAAUUAUGUAGAAUGGGGACAGAAGAACAAAGUGAUUGGUACUUUUUUAGCCACAAAGACAAGAAAUAUCCAACAGGAACAAGAACAAAUAGAGCAACAGCAGCAGGAUUUUGGAAGGCAACAGGAAGGGACAAGGCUAUAUAUUCUAAGCAUGAUUUAAUUGGGAUGAGGAAGACAUUGGUGUAUUAUAAAGGGAGGGCACCAAAUGGACAAAAAUCUGACUUUAUUAUGCAUGAAUACAGACUUGAGACUGAUCCAAAUGGUGCUCCUCAGGCAAAAGGAUGGGUUAUAUGUAGAGUAUUCAAGAAGAAAAUAGCAGCUGGAAUGAGAAUGGAUACUAGUGAACAUGGUUCACCAAUUUGGUACGAUGAUCAACUUUCAUUCAUGCAAGACAUGGAUUCCCCUAAGCCAAUACAUCCUCAAAUUAAUUACAUUAACCACUAUCCCAAUAAUUACCCUAAUUGCAAAAAGGAAUUUGAUAAUUUGCACUACCAAAUCCCACCUCAAAAUCACCAAUUUCUUCCUCAUCAACUUCCUCUUUUAGAAACAACUAAACUUGUAGCUGCACCUCCUGGUUGUAGCUCAAUGCCUAUAUUUGGCAAUAUUAACGUUAAUCGACCAGCAUUGCUCACACAAGAUCAACAUGUUCAUCCUACAUUUGGGAAUAAUAAUGACAACCAGCAAGUUGCAGAUCAAGUGACCGAUUGGCGAGUACUCGAUAAAUUUGUAGCUUCUCAACUUAGCCAAGAAGAUGAAAAUAAUAACUAUUCGUCAAAUGCAGUACCAAACACAUUUCAGGCUAAGCGCGAUGAUGAGGUGAAUUUGAACAAGCAAGAAAUGGCCCCGGAAAAUACCUCCACAGCAUCUUCAAGUUCUCAAAUUGAUUUGUGGAAAUGAAAGUGAUCAAAAUCCACCUAAUAAUAAUAAGUUACUGCUCAAAAAUAUUAUCAUAGGAGGAAUUAAGUACGUACAUUAUACCUUCUUGAUUGAAAAAAUAUCUGAAGAUAUAUAUAAAUAUAUGUGUACAUUAUUAUAAAUGUAUAGAAAUUGUACGGCAUUUUCUAAUUGUAUUUAACUUAAGAUCUACCGACGAUCAUGAUUAACUCAUAGAGAUUGCAGCUGGAUGAUGCAGCAUGGAGUUGUAAUUUGCAGCAUUAUUUGUGUAAAGCAUAUGGCUAUAAAUAUUUGUUAUUGUCAUAGCCAUUUG